AAGAAGCUUUUGUUGACAUCUGUUCUUUUCCAUUAAUUGGAAGAGACUUAAGUGAUGAUUCAAAACGCAAAAUAUUCACUCAUGCUAAGAGUUUGGUAAAAGCCUUCACUGCUACAGUUGCUAAAAGCUUUGAAAGCAUUGGUGCAAUUACCAGAGGAGAACAAAAACUCAAGAGUAAAGACCACAGUUAUGAACGGCAUGAUCCCCAACAAUUUCAAUCUACUAAUUAUGAUGAAUAUUGCGCGAAGACUAAUUAUUCCACGGCACCUACUGAAACUAACAAAAAUACUGCGAUUAAUGAAGGUUCCUCUAAGACAGAAGGUACUAAUACUGAAUCUUCUAAAGUCAAAGUUUCCACUCCUCCUAAACCAGAUUCAUUCAAAACUGAUCUUUUUAAAACCGAUGAUUCUCCUAAAACUGACAAGAUUGAUGAUUUUUCUAAAACUAAAGACCAAGCCAAUAAGGCUGAUUAUUCUUCCAAGACUGGCACAACUGACGAUUUUUCAGAAACUAGUGAAAAUAAUGAUUCUUCUUCCGUAACUAAUAAUUCUUCAGAAACUGAUAAUUCUUCCAAAACUAUCAAGACUACCGAUUCUUCUGAAUAUAACAAGGCUAAUGAUUCUUCUAAAACUGACAAAAUGGGUUCUUCCAUAAUUGAUAAGAUCCAUGAUUCUUCCAAAACUGACGAUUCUUCCAAAGCUAACCAAACUGAUGACUCUUCAAAUACAAGCAAA